CGCGCCCGGGCUCCCCCCGAGGCGGCGGAGCACGAGGCGCCGCCGCGGCCCUGGCGCAUCCCCCCACCCCCUUUCUUCCUCUGCUCGUGAGGCGACCAUGCGGCAGGAAACAGAGAUGAAGGUACACAUGCACACAAAAUUUUGCAUCAUUUGUUUGCUGACAUUUAUUUUUCAUCAGUGCAAUCAUUGCCAUGGAGAUGGACACAACAAUGGUCCCAAAAAGGAUCGUGUACACGACCAUAAUGACUAUCAGAUCUCAAAUGAAUCAUACUUCCAGAAUGGAGGAACAGAAUCUAUGCCCAGUAAAUUUUCAACGUUGGAAGCAGAAAAUGAACAAAAAUACUACAUUGAAAAGAUUUUUGAUCGUUAUGGUGAAAAUGGAAGAUUAUCGUUUUUUGGCCUAGAAAAACUGUUAAUAAGCCUUGGUUUGGGAGAGGUAAAAGUAGUGAUGAUAAAUCAUGAUGAUAUUGGCCAUGAUCAUGUUUCUCACCUGUAUGCUUUGGAAGUACAGGAAGGAAAGCAUUUUCAUCCUCAUAACCAUGCUCACAGCCACUCAGAUUCAGAAAACCAGACCACCGUUGGUGCAUCUGCAAAGAGAAAUCAUAAAUGUGACACUGAGAGAGACACAGCGGUGCCCUCAGUGAAGGAGGACGGCAAACACGUUCAUAACCAAAGCCGCCGUCACCACCACCACCACUCGCGCCCACACCGGCACGAGCACAACAGCACGCGCCACUCGCGCAACGAGUCCGUCAGUCACAGCGACCACGCGGAGCAGAGCCACGAGCCUUCCACAGAGACAAACACCACUCAGGAUCAGCCGGAACGGAAACAGCGCAAACAGAAGAAGAAGCAGAAGAAGAUCAGCGAGACGUCGGGAGACGCUACCUGGGAUUAUGCCCCAGAGCACGAUCCUGGCGAUCAGUACGAGCACAACCGUGUUCACAAACACGACCAUGUCCACGAUGCCUCUCACUUGCACGUGCACCACCACGACCACAGCGGUGACCGCUCUGCCAGCCACGGCCACCAGGACGGCAGUUUGGGCAGUGCCACCGGGCACCGCCACACCAGCAAGCGAGAGGCCUCGCGCAAGCAGAUCAGUGUGAGGAAACACGCUCUUCCUGCAGCACGUGGCCACAAGGAUCAUAGUGAAGAUGAGCACAAGCAUGAAGAGUGCUUAAAUGCUACACAGCUGCUACGGUACUAUGGUCUGGAAGCCAGCUCCCUAAUAUCUCCUGAGCUCUUUGUGUACAUGUGUCCUGCUUUGCUCUAUCAGAUUGAGAGAAGGCUUUGUAUUGUACAUUAUGAUGAGCUGGAAGAUUUUACAAGAAAUAAAAAUGCAACAAUUGAGAAUAAAGAUAAAACAGGUGCAUCAGCCUGGUUUUGUGGUAUCAUCUCUAUCACCGUCAUUAGCCUGCUUUCCUUGCUAGGUGUGAUCUUGGUUCCCAUCAUUAACCAAUGGUGCUUCAAAUUUCUUCUAACUUUCUUGGUAGCUCUGGCUGUAGGAACAAUGAGUGGAGAUGCACUGCUCCAUCUCUUACCACAUUCCCAUGGAGGCCACAACCACAGCCACCACCACGGCCAAGGCCACGUGCACGAGCACAGGCACUCGCACCGGCACGGCCACGCGCACGCAGUGCACGCUGAGGGCUUUCUGGAGGAAAAUGAUCCCGUGCUCAAAGGGCUCUUGGCACUUGGAGGCAUUUAUGUUCUCUUCAUCAUUGAGCAUUGUAUAAGAAUGUACAAACAUUACAAUAAACAAAAGAGUAAGCAGAAAUGGUGCAAAAAAACCCAGACUGAAGAAUCACCAAUUGGAAGGAAACUUUCUGAUCACAAAUUAAAUAACAGACCAGAUGCUGACUGGCUUCAGCUGAAACCCCUUGCAGGAGCAGAUGACUCAGUUUUGUCUGAAGAUCGACUGAAUGAAACUGAACUCACUGACUUGGAUGGGCAGCUGGAGCCCCCUGCCAAAAACUACCUGUCUGUAGAAGAGGACAACAACCUGCGCCACUCUCACAACGACGUCUCCCACACCGCCCAAGAGCACGAGCUGCACGAUUCCGAGUAUGACAGCCAUGGCGAAGAUAAAAUGAUAGCUAGAAAACACAGUCACCACUGGCAUCACAAACAUUCCCAUCAUUCCCAUGGCCACUGUCAUUCUGGAAAAGACCUGAAAGAUACUGGGAUAGCUAAUAUUGCUUGGAUGGUAAUUAUGGGAGAUGGCAUUCACAACUUUAGUGAUGGCUUAGCAAUCGGAGCAGCUUUUAGUGCUGGACUGACAGGGGGAAUUAGUACAUCUAUAGCAGUAUUUUGUCACGAGCUUCCCCAUGAAUUAGGUGACUUUGCGGUGCUGCUGAAGGCAGGGAUGACAGUGAAGCAGGCCAUCGUGUACAACCUGCUGUCUGCCAUGAUGGCCUACAUCGGGAUGCUGAUCGGCACGGCCGUGGGGCAGUACGCCAACAACAUCACGCUCUGGAUCUUCGCCGUCACCGCCGGCAUGUUCCUCUACGUGGCCCUGGUCGACAUGCUUCCAGAAAUGCUUCAUGGAGAUGGAGAUAAUGAAGAGCAUGGUUACUGUCCUGUGGGGCAGUUUAUUCUUCAGAAUCUAGGCCUGCUUCUUGGAUUUGCCAUCAUGCUGGUGAUUGCCCUCUAUGAAGACAAAAUAGUGCUUGACAUCCAGUUUUGACCUGAUGCUGAUGCUAAACAUGUAUUGUGUGCCACUUGCAGCAUAAACUACUGAAGAAUUGUGGCUGUGAAUUUGUGCAAACUCUUUUAACAAGAGAAUCCAUGUGGGAAUUUCUCCGUUUUCUAAAAUUAUUAUUUUGGACUGUUUUCUCCUCUUCAUGUUAAACCAAGGUGCAAGAUGCUAGUUCCUGAAGCUAGACACAAGGGUUAAAUUAUGCUCUGUAUAUGUUGUACUGGUAGGGUAUUUACAAUACUGUAACAGCGCAUCAAAUCUGUUCCUACAAUGCCUUGAUAUCAGACAUUGUGACACCAGCCAUUUCUGGCAGUAAAGAAUAUGUAAGAAGAUUUCUACUUCCAGUAUAAAGGAGUUCAUUUCUAUGAUAUUUUUUUACAAUUUUGGUAUUUAAAUUAGAUUAUUAAAAAGCAGAUGUGGUAGAACCAUGGUAUGUGUCAUUUAGAAGAAUAGACUGAAAAUUUGGGCCUUAACUUGCUGGGACCAGCUGUCCUAGAUCAGAUUGUGCUGACAGGCAUUUAUUGCCAACAUGAGUUAGUUCUUCUUGUACCCAUCUCCUUAAAAAAAAAAAUAAAUUGUGAGUUUGUGGGGAGUGCAAGCUGAUUCUGUAGUACCAGUCCUAAGCAUGGUAGUAGCUCUUUUUUAAAACACCCAGUUUGUCUCUCUACUGUGUAUGCCAGGUAAAAGCUGUACUUUGACUGUGUGCUGUAAGUUUUAAAGUUCCGGUCUGCUUGGUGCCAGUGUAGCUGCUAAAAACACUAAUCCUAACGCCUUUAAUGAGAGCCAGUGGGUAUUUGCAUUCCAUUUCAAGUUCCCGUGUUUCCUGUGGCCCUUUACUUUGGAAGCUUCAUUGGUCAGUUUAGCUUUUACUGAGAGCAGCUCAUGUGUUUUAAAGGUAUCAGUUGGUUGCCAGUAUUUCUUCCUAAUGCAGUAUCAGGAAACAGUAUUAAGGGUUCAUUUCAAAGAAGGGUGCAGUUUCUUCAGUGAAGAAGCCAAAAGCCCAGAGUUCAGGCAUGCAGCCAUUUGAUGUUCUGAACUCAGGUUUUCUUUUUUCCUCUUUAAACAUGUUUAGUGUAGAAUCCUAAUUAGCAAACACACUUGUUGUUAGCUUCAGAUUGCUGAAUUUCGGCAGUGUAAAACUCCUGGAUGACAUUUUUGCAUAGUGCCCAUGUUAGGUCAAUGAGACAAAACUUCCUGGAUACCUUCUAAAGAUCUGAGUUUAAACAAUCUCUGUUUCUUUUGUAUUAAACUGACUGACUUAAGUUUUGGUUUGUUUUGGUUUUUUUUUUUCUAUUAAUUCUGAAAUAUAAGGGGGUCAUUAUGCAGCUGAUGUUUUGUCAAAUGCUUUUUUUAAGAUUUAUUUCUCUUAAUUCUUUUCAAAUGAAGAUUUCUGUAUUUCCAGUAGUAUAUUUACUGUUGUAUUAGUUGGAAUGUGGUUAUAGCUCAAUACACUGCCUCUGUAGGAAAAUAGUUAACUUCCUUCCAAGACCAUCUUCAGACAAGGGAAAAUUGUGGUCGUUGAAGGUAGGUACUGUAUUUUUCAUGGAACAUAGAUUUACUUUUAUUUUCUAGUAUUUAUUGCAAGAGUAACAGAGCAGUGUAACAGCUGUGACCUCUCUAUGUUUCCACCAGUAUUGAAUUCCAGAUGAUUCUAAUGUACACUUUUGAGUCAUGUUACAGACAAUCUGAAUUCCACUACAUUUCUACUUGGCUUCAACAUUCCAUUUGGCUUGAAUCCAGAGUCUCAUUUAACUUGUAUUUGUUGGAGAGCAUAAAUGUUACUUGUAUAUUUUACAAUGCUGUCACUGUGUGACAUCCCAUGUGAAUUCUGAUGUAAAUCACAUUGCACUCAAUCCGCUGUGAUUAUGCUUAGAAAAUGUUGUAGUUGCUAGAUGCAGUGUGAUUAUUUUUUUAUUAUUUUUUUCUUUCCUCUCCCCAUUAACAACUGAGUCUAUGGUUUAAAAUGUGAUAAUGGUCCAAUAAGAUAACUUGCUGAGCUAUUGGGUUUUUUUGUUAUAACUAAAUCAUUUUUUAAAAAUUUUAUAAAGCUGGAAAUUAUCAAAUGCUGUUUUGUUCAUUGUCAACAGUGUUGUGUUCAUUUUAUGUAUGUUCCUUAUACAUAAGGAGCCUUCAGAAAAUAAAAAAAAUAUUCAAGGAGCA